GGAAGAAGAAAGAAUGGCGUGAUUUGCGGGAGUCUUUCUAAAUUGCGCAAGAAACUGCGCUCUUUUGGUUUGUUUGACUUGAAAAACUGCAAAACGCAAACGAAAUUCUUCUUUCUCAAAUCCAAAUACAAACUCCAGUUCCAGUUGAUCUGCAGAGAAGAAAAAGAAAAAUGGAUGCAGAAAACGAGAGUAUCUCAAAAUCGAAUGCCAUUAUCGGAGAAAGCCUCUACGUAAAAGUGAUGACCGACGAACAACUGGAGCUUCUCCGGCAACAGAUUUCCAUCUACACAACCAUCUCCGAUCAGCUCAUUCAGAUGCACAAAUCCAUCACCACACAACACGACCUCGCUGGACUGAGACUAGGUAAUCUGUACUGUGAUCCACUCAUGGCGUGCUCUGGAGUUGGACACAAGCUCUCAUCACGGCAGCGAUGGACUCCGACUCCUCUCCAGCUUCAGAUACUCGAACGGAUAUUCGAUGAAGGAAAUGGAACUCCUACGAAACAGAAGAUUAAAGAUAUAGCUGUUGAGCUUGGACAGCAUGGGCAGAUAUCGGAGACUAAUGUUUAUAACUGGUUUCAGAAUAGAAGAGCUCGGUCGAAGCGGAAGCAAUCGGUUCAUGCAACGAAUCAGGUUGAGGCGGAGGUGGAGACGGAAGAUGAGUCGCCGAAAGAGAAAGUAAUGCGCGGAGGAAGCGAGCAUGUUCAAUCGUUUGAGAAUUUAUCGCCGGUUAGGGUAAAGGAUAUGUAUAUUCAGAGUCCUGAUAUAGGAUUUGAGCAGUUGUUGGGUAAAAUUGAAGUUGCAGGCUGUUAUAGUUCUUACAUCCUUUGAGAAAUGAAUGGUUAAAGAAAGAAAUUCUCAGAGCGAUUUCUUAGCUUUUUGAUGGUACUGUUAUACGUAAAAAAUUUCCAUUUAAAGAUGUUGAUGAACCAGAAAUGAAGUGGCAUAUGUGUAUUUAUAUGAGUAUAAUUUCAUAAUCAGGCUUCAAUGUUUAUUAACAUCUUGUAACUUUGUCUCAGUUACUUGUAAUAUCAUAUAGAGCCUAAUAUCACAGUUUGUGUCUUACUAACUGAUGAAGACUCUGACUCUGUUCAGCAAUUUCUAGCACAUAUAUAGUUGUGACAUUAAUUUCUACCUCAUGAAUUCAGCACUUUCCAUGACUUGCUGUAUAAGUAUUGCUACUAUGGAUCAUUUCUUGUUUUUCAUGUUAUCACACCUUAAUCACUACAGCCUCCCUUUCCAUUAUUCAUAUCAUUACUUAAUAUUUUAGUAUCAUAAUCAUUACUCUUCACUCUUCAGUAUGCACGCGAAGGUAUAUAGCACUUGCACACCUGGACAUGCGUAUGCUCUAUCACCAGAAAGGGUAAUAAUUUUUCAUCUUUUGGGCUACACCCAUUCCUUACGUACAUCCGCCAAUUGGUAGAAUGGUUCACAAGAAGGAUAGCGUACGUACGCCAUUUCCUUGUGUAUAUACGCCUAAAACCAGUUUCCAGCCACAUUUUCUCACCUUAACUCUACCCAAUCUCACUCUGAUAAUAACUUCUUUCCAUGAAAUUUAAAUUUAAAUUUAAAAACUAACUAGUCAGUGACCCGUGCUCCCGCACGGGUAAUAGAAAUUUGUAUAUAAGCCUCAUUGUUAAGGUAAAGUGUAAAUCAAGAAUCUUGUAGUACUU